CAGCGCGGGUAUAUACCAGUGGGCCGAGAGAAGCGCGAAGGGAAGGCGGGCCACGGAGGGAGGGAGACCAAGAAACACUCGCACGCGCACGCACACGCACACAGAGCCACCGCUGCCUCCUGAGCCGCUGGGAGAGAGGAAGGAAGAGAGAAAACGUGAUAAUAAUUGUGAUAAAUAACUAUGAGAGAGAAAAAAUCCCACUUGCCAGGAAAGAGAUGAAACAAGCGGUGGGGAUUAAGCCCACGGAGGGAGGUGCUCAGUGAAUGGGUGACGACGCUGUUCAAGGCGUUUAGUGCGAGUAAUUGCUUCGCUUUGGGAAGAAAAUUACUGUGGGAACACCAGCACCGGCGCCGCCACAAAGAUCCCAGGAGCAGCGGUGCAAAUGCUACGAUGCCUUGAAAAAAGGAGAUGAAAGAUAAAAUGAAUUCUUUUCAUAACCAGCUGAAAACGGUGCGUGGGAAAGGCGAGGGUGUUCGUGAAGCGAGUGUGCAGCGGCUGUGAAGGUGAAGGUGGUGUGCGGUGCUGUGAAGCAAGCUGUGGUGGUGAUUGGUGGUGGUGGUAAAGGUGCUAGUGGUGGUGGUGACGCAGACUCAAGUGUGAUAACGUUCCUAGUACACACGAUACAAGGCCGCCAUCUGCGCUGUGUCAGUGAGAGAAACCGCUGACGAAAGAGAGGGAGCGCGCCCUGCUGCUACUUAGUGGUACCCACACUGAGCGUCGCGCACCUGUUUGACACCUGCCGUGCCCCUCACCUCGCAUCACGCACGGCGCCACCUCGCCGCCACGCGCGAACCUAGAAGUGUGAAGAAGUUUUUCUGACGCAUCUGUGAUCACUUGUGAGAAAAAUAGUAUUCUCAUUAGCUUAAGAAAGUCAGAAGAUAUUUACGAGCGUAGUAUGCACGUUUAUGUUUGACGAGGCGAUGCUAAUUAGUAUUAAAGCGUACUAGAUUUUAUGUUAGAGUGUAAAUACUGUAGCGUGUCCUGCAUGUUAUUGUUAUGAGUGCACGUUAAGCGGGUUUAUUAACGAAGGUGUAAAACAAAGCCGCACUUGGCAAGGGUCAGCAUUUCAUCGCAGUCUCCGCGUCGUGUGUUGUGGUCCAUUAGUGAGGCAGUUUGGGAGUACACCUCUCCGCCUCAUCUGUAGCCACCAGUCUUCCAAGGAGACCCCGGAAGUAGGGCAGUUGCUUGUUAUAUCAUUACUUCACAGCCGCCGCCAUGCCUAUCUCACCUUACUACGCCCAGAAUGGCUACGGCACCAGGAGCUACGUCAGGAGCAACAGCAGCAGCAACCUGGCGGGCAUGGGCACUUACUACAGCCCCGUGGAGAGUAAAGUGAUAGCCUCUGAUCAUGCAGCCGACUAUUUCAGGUCAAAAUACAUCAUACCUGAGGAUGGGCCUGUCAAGUCGUACCUGCAGCCGAGGUACAACGCACCGUCCCGCAGCAACUUGCAGCUCAGGCGAAUGGACUCGUCAGACAAUUUAUAUGAGAGGAGAAAUCCGCUACAAGAAAACAGACUCCAGAAGUCCACCUCAACAUCCAGUUUCCUGACAGGCAACACGCCCAGUUACUUGAAAAGCAGCAAUUCUAGUGAUAGCUUCGGCCGCUCGUAUCCUUACUCGCCCACAAAACCCCGCGCCUUCACCUCCAAUCUGCCCUCGCCCUCGGAGACACAGCCGUCCAGGCCCAUGGGUCGAUGUGGCGGGGAGUCUAGCUACGCGCGUGCCUAUCUGGCAAACAUAAACAGAGGGCGAGGGGACAGACCGCGAGAGAUCGACACUCGGGACAUUAACACCUCUGUGCCACGGACGCCCAAGUGGCUGAAGGCGAACAAGUCAGAGGAUGACGGAGGCAACAUUUCCAGAAAUCGGCAGGUGGUCAGGCUCACCAUCAAGCGAGAGAAGCCUGAGCCCCAAGAUCCCUUUACCAUCAAGAACAAGACGCUGCAGACAAUCGCCCAGAGACUCAUUGACAAGUACCAGGUCCCGGAAAAGAAACCUGAUCCACCCCCGGAACCCAGAAAGAGACCCUUUUAUCUCGGCGAAAUUCCACCGCAAGUGGAAAGGUCGCGUGAGGUCCCAUCACCUGUCAUCUCAAAGCCGCUCCUGCCCAGCUCCGCUUCCGCCCCGGUAACCCCAGUCACCGGUGUCCCGCCUCACCACCGCUGCCACCCAAGGUCUCCUCCAAUCUUCCCAGAGGUUCCAGCAGUGGUGAAGAGAGAGCCAAAACCACCAAUUCCCGUCGUGGGAGACAAAAAGGAAGAAGACAUGUCGUUAAUAUUGCAGCGAGCCACGGAGAACGCCGAGACCAAUAAGGAACUGGAGAGCUGGGCGGAGGUGAAGGAUGCCAUUGUCGCCGCCGUGCUGCAUCCAGAUGUUGAUAUCGAAUCUGAUGAAGAGAUAAACAAAUUAAUUGAGGGGGAGAAGCCACCGAGUCCAGCCCCAGCUGAGGUGCCUGAACCAGUCAAGGUGAGGGUGGAGGAGCCAAGGCGCGACUCGAUGGACAAAGGUCUGGCAAUUGUGGGACAGCUAAAGAGGUUCGUUCAGAGGCAAGAGUCCACCAAACGUAGCACUAAGAGGUCAUCAAAGAAACACUCUAGAGGUUCUAAGAAAUCCAAGAAGUCUGUGGAGGAAGCUACAGGUCCGCCCGAUGAUGACCCAAUCGCUCCUAAGACAACAGAGUCCAGUCAAGCACAAAACACUCUGCCUCCAAGGCCCGCCUUUGAGAAGAAACAAAAGAAAAAGGAAUCGGGGACAAAUGGCUCCGCUGUUGAAAGGAUUGAGGAAAGCAGACCCGCAGGAAAUACAACGAGUGUUGGGAAGGAGGAGGACACCAACGCUCACAAGGGGAACAAGACGACUGCAAAAAAGGAGAGUUCUAUUCUCUCACCCAGUCUCGUCCUCGGAAACGAAGCGACACAAGGCGACGAGACGACAAAAGGAAUCAGCGGAAACACGGGGCAAUGCCAGAAGACAUCAGGAAAGUCCGGGAAUGCUUGCGACAAAAAGGAGAAUUCGCAGGACACUUCACUUCUGAAGACAAAGAGUAAAGAUGCACCUCCUUCCGUCUUAUCGCCUGACCUCGUCUUGGGCUCCUCGCAUCAGGAAGGCGUCACCGAAGACUCGUUAUCGAGCAAUGACAACACAGAGGCACAGCAUAAACAGACUAAAGCCGAGAAGAACACCAUGAAGCAAGAUGUAAAGGAAGAAACGAAAGAUGUUCCUGGCACUAAAAUACCAAAAAUCAAGAAGAAAAUGAAGACGUCGGCGGCAGCAGUGAAGGAGGUGAGUGGGGACGCCCUCAGGCCGAGUGCCACUCGAGCAGCUCCUCCAUCAGACCUCCACCUCACGAGCCCAGCUCCUGCUUCUCCAGCAGAGCGCUCCCCGACCCAAGAUGUUCCAAGAGAAACGCACAAAAAGCAGAGUCGCGACACACCUGUCCUGGCACGCACCGCCGACACUCAGCCUUCCGAUCGCCAAAUGGAGUCGCCAUCCGCUCUCGAAACCCUAAAGUCCAUCAUGAGGGAAGAAGUGGAGUGCGCUGCUGCCAAAGAUUCUCCAACUGGCGGUAAAACGAAGCAGGUAAUGGGGGGGAACUCCACCAGAGACGCCGCGACUGACUUAGAGACAAGCAGGGUCAGAGCGUCGUGCCUCACCCAAGGACAUAAAAAUGAGAAAGCUGUCAAAGUGGAGAGCUCGGAGCAUCUUGAAGCGGCCGAGAAGGGUCUUGACGCACGGAAGUUGAACUCGUCAGCUUCCAAACAGGAGUUGGGAGAGAAAACUGCACAUGGAGGCAAGAAGGAACUAAAAACAUUGAAAGAACGAAAAGAAACUGAAAAUAAUAAAGCCAAGGAUCUAAGCGAAAGUACUCAAACAGAAGCGGGGAUCGAUCGAGACCAGAAAGUUGAUGGAAUAAAGUCUGCGAUACCGAGGUGGAAAAUAAAAGAUAUGAAAACAGAGAAUGAAGAAUCUAGCGAGGUGAAGUCCAAGGAUAAUGAUAAACACGUGCCUGAAAAAGACAAUAUCACGUAUCACCAAGGGUGUGAAAUAAAAAGCAUCCAGGAGAACAAGGAUGAAAGUAAAGAAAAAGCUGCAAGCAGCAAUCAAGACUCGUCCAGAAUCACACUGGCAAUCCAGGAAGAAAAGCACGGCGGCGAGAGUGAUAAUAAGGGCCAGGCAGCAGACAGGAGCGAGGGGGAGAGAGAUAAGGAGGACGUCAUGAGCUUAAAGGGGAACGCAAAGCCGACCCAGGCUGUGAGCGAGGACGCAGGUCCCGAGGGAGGCGCACCGCCCAACACAUUACCGGUGAAGAGAGUCCUGAAAAGGCCUCGUCAGGUCGCACCGCCUCCUGAGUCAGAGAAGGACACGGCUAAUGAGCUCCUCAAGGCCCGGAACAUUCUGAAGCGACCCGUGAAGCCUGGCACGGCGGCGCCCACGGAGACUGGCAAAGAAAACGCUGCAAAUGUGACAGAGAUAACGACAAGACCGGCCUGGAAAAAGCCGAUUCCUCAAUUAGCUCCGUCCGGGCAAGGCGACCAAAUUGCCCCUUCUAAAAACGUCCUCAAGAGGCAAGGAAAGCCGAAGGAGGAGGAUAAAGUUGAAAAGCAAGCAGAGACGCCUUCAGAAGUUAAAGUCAAGAAACUCGGAAAGAAGGCGCCGGCUGGCACCUCCGCGGACACAGCGGCCAAUGAAGGCAGCGAGGGCGACCAGGAAAUUCGGAGCCGCGUCGUUAAGAAGCAAAGGCCAACUUAUUCCAGGUCAGCCUCCUCCUCCUCAUCCUCCGGGGACGAGCAAGGCAGCACCGUCAGGAAAAAAGCAGAAAAACCGAAAAGAAUUACAAAGCCAAUAUCGGCUACCAAGAAGACCCCGAGCCCCAAGGCUGAAUCUGGAAGUCCACACGCGCCUGGAACAUCCACACAUCCAGACACGCUCGAGGGGUCUGUCCCUCCACCUCCCCCAAAAGCGCCCAUGCUAAAGAAGACAGAAGCACAACAGACUGGGAGCGAAGCGGCCGCCGGGGACAAGCAGGAGCACCGCGAAGGGGGAGCGGCCACCUUAGUGGCACAAGUGGCCGAGAAAUCGACAAGUGGGCUGGAGAAAAAGGCAGGGCCGGAAGUGAGUCCGGCGGGUGCCACGGAGGUGCAGGCAGGGAAGAGGGAGGCACAGGUCAGCACGAAAAGGGAGGCAGCAAUACAAGAGGUCGCGGUGGGGGUGUCCCAACAAUCAGCUGAUUCUGGGUAUGGGUCAAGUCCCAGCACGCCCCUGCCCACGAUCACACCCACGCCCUCCCCAGCCGCCCCGCCCAUCGAGGACGUGGAGGAGAAGUGUCCCGUGUGCGGGACCAACUGCCACAAGAAGUGCGAGAAGCAGAUGCCUAACCUGUGCGGCGUCAACCAGAAGCUGCUGGCAGAGGCGCUCUCCUCCGUCAAGAAGGGAGGCAGCGCAGACGGCACCACUAAAACGGCCGGCACGCCCCCGAAAGCCUGCUCCUCCUCCACGUCCAUGUCGGAGGCGGAAAGCACCGAGGAGGAGACGGAAUCCACAGACACAGAUUAUGACUUCUUCGGGCCGCCGGAGAUCAGACCGCCUCUCCAGUCGUGCCCCAAGUAUAGAAAGUACAACGUUGAUGACUUCGAGUUUAUUAAGGUCCUCGGCAAGGGCAGCUACGGGAAGGUGAUGCUGGCCAAACAGGCGGGCACCGAGAACUACUUCGCUGUCAAGUGCCUCAAGAAAGACGUGGUGCUGGAGGACAACGACGUGGAGUGCACCUUGAUCGAGCGUAAGGUGCUGAGUCUCGGCACCAAACACCCGUACCUGUGUCACCUCUUCUGCACUUUCCAGACCCCGAGUCACCUCUUCUUCGUGAUGGAGUACCUAACGGGUGGCGACCUCAUGUUCCACAUCCAGCACUGCGGCCGCUUUGAUGAGUUCAGGGCGUGUUUCUACGGCGCCGAGAUUACCUCUGGACUCAAGUUCUUGCAUGGCAAAGGCAUCAUCUACAGAGACCUCAAGCUGGACAACAUUCUGCUGGACUACCAAGGGCACAUCAGAAUCGCGGACUUCGGCAUGUGCAAGCUACAAGUUUAUCUCGACAGGUACGCCGACACUUUCUGCGGCACCCCGGACUACAUGGCGCCGGAGGUGAUCAAGGGGCAACACUACAACCAAUGUGUGGACUGGUGGAGCUUCGGCGUGCUGCUGUACGAGAUGCUGACAGGCAAGUCUCCGUUCAAGGGCUGCGACGAGGACCACCUCUUCUGGCUCAUCUGUAACGACGAGCCCUUCUUCCCUAAGUUCCUCUCCAAGGAAGCCACGUCCAUACUGAAGCAGCUUCUUGACAAGGACUCCACUCGGCGGCUCGGCAUCCCCUUCAGCCCCUACGGCGAGAUCACGGUGCACCCAUUCUUCAAGUACAUCGACUGGAACAAGAUUGAGAGGAAGGAGGUGGAGACGCCCUACAAACCAAGACUGCGCCACAUCCUGGACGUGCAGUACUUCGACCCUCUGUUCACCAAGCGGCAGGCUGGCAUCACGCCCAUCGACGAAAGCAUCUUGGCCACCAUGGACCAAAAACCCUUCAAGGACUUCUCCUACACAAACCCUAAUAUCACGGACUGAGCCCCGAGCCAGCACGCGAGCGGCGGCCGGCGCGGGACUCGAUGCGCAAAAAUCUUCUCAAACUGGAGCAGAUCUGACCGAGAUAAUCGAGGCGGAGUGACCGUUUCAGCCAGUCCUCGGAGGUGCAACAUGUCACCUGGGAAGACGAGUAAUUGAUUAAAACUAGUGACUCCCGCCGCACAGUCACAGCACCUGCAGGCACAAGCGCCUCCCUCUUCCUGGUCCACGCCCACGGCGGUGCUGCUGCUGCCUACACACAUCCUGCCUCCCGCCCACCCACCGCUCCGAGCUGCUCUAUUCUUCGGAGAAAUAGAACGGAAGGGGAUGGGUCCGCUCCGCUGCCAUUCCCGGACGUACAGGAUCAUCUUUUACGUCACGAGGCAAACUGGCAAAACAAGGCUGCACACCCUCCCGAAGAAGGAAAAUCUGGUUGCUUUUUGCCGGCGAUCUCAUCCUUACCGGCAGCAUGAGGCAGAGUGUUCCUGUGAUGUAAGAAAAGAAUCAAUCUCUUGGACUCAUCGGAUCGAAGGAAGAGACUCAUCUAGCUCAGAUUCAGACUUCAUGUGCAGCUGAUGGCGCUAUGUAGCACACUCAAAGUAAUAAAACUAAGUGAAGCUCUUCCUCGUGUGGCUGCGGGGAGGCACUCACUGUAUCAGCUGUCGUGCAUGUGUCGCCCUGUCAGGUGAUGGAGCUGUCACUCUCAGUCGCCCACACGCACAGACACAAGCGGGCUGGCAGGUGCUGAGGGGCUAGGAGGACUCUGAUCUGAGAGCCGUGUGAUGCUGAUGUGAGUCUGCGGCGGUGCAGGUUGCGGUGCACUGACGGUUUUCUCUUUCUGUCUGUCCUGCGCUUUUUCCUUUCUAAAGCAUCACUGAUUCUUUUUUUCUCACCCUCGCUGCGAAAAAGUGAGGAUGUCUGGGAAUUCUGGCGGGUUUUUCGACGGGACUUAGUGCGCGGAGCGAGAGCCAGGAUUGAGAAGUUAAAUGGAAUAGCGGGGUGUCGGUGGAGAGUCGUUUUGCCUCCGUUUUUACGAUGCACCACUCGAAAUUUGUCUGUGGUCAUAUUCCAUUUCUCGGUCGGGAUUCAGAAGUGUUUGUGGGGAGCCUCUGAUGGUCGCUGUGGGACGUGCAGAGGAAGGCACGAUGGCGAAUCUUUAUUUUUCAGCUUCAUUGUCCAUAGGUGAAUCUGAGGGAGAUAUAGAUAUUUUUGCAUAACAAGACGAGCUCCUCUCCUUAUCUUAUCAGUUGGUUUCGCGCUGUAGUGAGAGGAGAGGAAGGCGGCGAUGGUGAGGGAUCGUCCUGGGGCAGCAUACUGGCUCGAGGGGUGAUUACAUAAAGACACCACGGGGACACCACAGAGACGCCAAGGGGCACCAUGACAGAUGUACCCAUCCAUCCAAUCGUAAUGAAAUCACUGUUUUCGUUCUCAAACAAACAAUGGUGCGCCACGUGUAGGCGCUCGUGUCAUACAGGUACUACAGGUCAGGCGAUACACUGGGAAAGGGAUGAAGACAGCCUUUCUUUGGGAGUCUUGUCAUUUGUAAGAACGCAGCCAGAUACGCAGAUCUCUUUCCUCCUUCCUGCCAUCUCCCUUUAUCAUUCAUCCCUCUCCCUGUGCCAUCUCCCCCUCUUCCCAUGCCAUCCCUCCCUCUCCGUCGCCUUCCGUACCCUCCGCCAGUCUCAUUCGUUCUUAUCUUGAUCCCGACCAAGUGAGCAGCGGGCUGCGGAGAUCGUAAACAUUGUCUUGGUAAGUUUUGCUCUACCUUAAUACGUAUCUUGUUUCGAUAGACUAUGAAGACAAUCUGUGGUGGUGAUAUUUUUUGCAUAAUUCUAUUAGAUUUUUUUUUUCUCCUCUGUGAAAGGCCCGGGACCACGUCUUGACUUCUGUGUCGUCAGGCUUGGGUCCGCUGUAGAGAUAUAGAUUAUGUAAUACUGAAUAGCAAUACAUUUUCUUGAUAA